AUGGAGCUUGCUUACUCCUUGUUCACGAUUGCAGCAGAAAUAUUGAUUGUUUCUUUUACUCUGGUGGCAGCAUGGGCAAUUUAUUAUGAGCUCACCUAUUCCAAAAUCCCUCCUGGAGUCGAGCAACCUGGAAAGCUUCGCAUCCUUCACUGCCUGUUGAUUAUUUCAUGUGUUCUGGGUAAGAUUUUGGAGCGCCUGGGUUUCUGCUCUGAGAUUGACUUCAUCCGCUACACACAAGAUGGAAAAAAAUUGCCGGAGGACCCCAAACUCUUCAUCAAGGAUCUGCAGUUUGAGGAUGUGCCUGUGAGGCUUUACCAGCCUAGAGCGCCUUCUGAGGGCCUAAGGAGAGGGCUCAUCUACUUGCAUGGAGGAGGCUGGAUGUUUGGAAGCAUUAAUUCCUAUGACAGAGUGUGCCGCUAUAUUGCCAGAGAAAGCGAAUCAGUGGUGGUGUCUGUUGGGUAUCGUUUGGCUCCUGAGCACAAGUAUCCGUCUCAAUUUAGGGACUGUCUCACUGCCAGCAUACACUUUAUGAAGACGGCAGAAGACUAUGGGGUGGAUUCUGCCUGUGUUAUCAUUAGUGGGGACAGCGUUGGAGGCAAUCUUGCUGCUGCUGUUUGCCAAGCAUUAGUGAGCAGAUCGAAUUUGCCAAAGCCACUUGCUCAGAUUUUGAUCUAUCCAGGCCUUCAGGCAAUAGAUUUUUAUUUGCCUUCAUAUCAGCAAAAUUGUGCGGUGCCCCUCCUGUACCGAGAGCACGUUAUCAACUGUUGUCUGAAGUAUCUGGAGAAGGACGUCUCAGUAUUGGAAAAUGUCAUGGAGGGGUCCCAUGUUCCUUUGGACAUUAAACUGAAGUAUGGGAGAUGGGUAAAUCCAGACAAUAUCCCUGAGGAGUUUAAGAUCAGAAGCUACAAACCACAUUUGCCCACUUCAUACUCAGAUGAAGUCUAUGAGGUGGCUAAACCAGCUUUAGAGACAACUUUUUCACCUCUUCUGGCUGAAGAUUCCAUUGUCAGCCGACUCCCCCUGUCUUAUAUUUUAACCUGUGAAUAUGAUGUGCUUCGGGAUGAUGGACUGCUCUACAAGAAACGGUUAGAAGACAGUGGCGUCCCUGUGACUUGGUACCACGUUAAAGAUGGCUUCCAUGGAGUGAUAAGCCUAUUUGAUUUUGGGAUUCUAUCAUUUCGCUCUGGUAAAAAAGCAAUGGAUAACAUUGUGAACUUUUUAAAAAGCUUAUGA